GGCUGUGCCUGUGAGAGCACCUCACCUUCGUGCAGCACCUCACCUUCGUGCAACAUCUCAUUUUCGUCAACAACUGCUCUGCUCUGCUGAAGAGGAGGUGCCUUGCUCUGCUGAAGAGGAGGUGCCUUGCUCUGCUGAAGAGGAGGUGCCUUGCUCUGCUGAAGAGGAGGUGCCUUGCUCUGCUGAAGAGGAGGUGCCUUGCUCUGCUGAAGAGGAGGUGCCUUGCUCUGCUGAAGAGGAGGUGCCUUGCUCUGCUGAAGAGGAGGUGCCUUGCUCUGCUGAAGAGGAGGUGCCUUGCUCUGCUGAAGAGGAGGUGCCUUGCUCUGCUGAAGAGGAGGUGCCUUGCUCUGCUGAAGAGGAGGUGCCUUGCUCUGCUGAAGAGGAGGUGCCUUGCUCUGCUGAAGAGGAGGUGCCUUGCUCUGCUGAAGAGGAGGUGCCUUGCUCUGCUGAAGAGGAGGUGCCUUGCUCUGCUGAAGAGGAGGUGCCUUGCUCUGCUGAAGAGGAUGUCAACGGGAAGGAGGUGCCUUGCUCUGGUGAAGAGGAGGUGCCUUGCUUUGCUGAAGAGGAGGUGCCUUGUUAUUCUGAAGAGGAGGUGUCUUGCUCUGCUGAAGAGGAGGUGCCUUGCUCUGCUGAAGAGGAGGUGCCUUGCUCUGCUGAAGAGGAGGUGCCUUGCUCUGCUGAAGAGGAGGUGCCUUGCUCUGCUGAAGAGGAGGUGCCGGUAUCCUCUCUCGCUUCUUACAUGCUCCCCUGUAUCCUCCCGCCCCCGUCCCUUUUUGCCCAGUCUGCCCCUUGCUCCCACUCGCUCUUCAACCAGAGGGCGACCCUCCCACGCUCCCAUACACUUGUCAACCAGAGGGUAUUGCACGGUGGGGCAGAGAGGUGCAUUGAUGUGGCGACCCUCUACUCUCCCCGCUCCUUUCCCACAUCCAACCCUAUUCCCUCCGCUCUCUCACUUCUCUUCCCAGCCCCUUCCUCGCUCCCUCGCUCCCACGUACUCCUCAACCAGAGGGCGUUGCAUGAUAGGGCACCUCUCCCACGCUCCCACGCGCUCUUCAACCAGAGGGCGUUGCACGAUGGCGCAGUGCGGUGGAGCCACCACGGGUGCAAGUCGUUUGACUGCCUCAACCACAGGACUGCAGGCGACUGCAAGAGCUGCUUCAACAUGACUCUGGAGGCGAAUCGGUGGAAGGUGAGGUACCGAGGGGCGCUGACCAUCAAGGACGUGGUGACCCUCAAGAAGGGCUCCCUGCGCCUUGGGCUCGACGCCGGGAGGGGCACGGGCAGCUUCGCGGCGCACAUGGCGCGGUACAACGUGACGGUGAUGACGAUGGCCAUGAACAUUGAGACGCGCUCGGGCGUGCACACGGGUCUGCCUUACAUGGAGACAAUCGCUCUGAGGGGGCUGGUGCCUCUCCAUAUCCCACACACGGCCCGUCUGCCUUUCUUUGACAACACACUGGACCUCGUGCACUGCGUCAACAGCGUCAAGUACCUCCCACUGGGCGAGUUUGAGGACCUGCUGUACGAGUGGGACCGAGUGCUGCGAGUCGGUGGUGUCUUGUGGUUUGAGCUUUUCUACGCGCCAGAGGACGAGAUGAAGAUAUACAUUCAAAUCGUUGAUCUUCUACAGUACAACAAGCUUUAUUGGAACAUCACAUCCAAGCCUGAAAAGGAUCCCAAAGCGGUUCAGCGUGUCUAUCUCAAUUGCCUUCUAGAGAAGCCCCCUCGCAUUGAUUAG